ACCUCCGGGUGGACCAGCCGUGGGGUAACAGAGCGUAGUGCACAGGGUGAUCAUGAUGUGUGCCAUAUCAACAUAUUGAUGUGUAAUCAUGGUACAUCCUCUUGAUCCUGUAUGAUUCGGAUUGUGGUGUGGACAUGGACUUUCUGGAUGAUACGCAUAUUUGCCCCCUAAACGAGGUUGGGCUUUUUGUUGUCAUGGUUAAUAAUAUCAACCACUGUGCACACGAUGAAGAUAACCAGCCACCAAGUCCCCAUCAUGUCAUGAUGAGAAUCCAUUGGGCAUUAUACCAAUGACCGGAAAUCCGUGGGAAUAAACAUCAUGGGAUUCGUCGCCAUGAUUGCUUCCUGUAUUGUCCGAUGAUCAACUGAUUCGCGCGCGGACACGGGAUGGAACCCCGCGAUUCGGGCAAAAACGACACUUAAAAGCUUCGUGAUCUGCCACUGCGUUUUACGGUAUGCCACAUAUCAACCGGGCCGGAAGAUUCGAGCCACAUGGAGCUCGUGGAAAAGCGCCGCCAUAGAUAAUGGGGUCAUAAAUUGCGACAUUCGCUUCAACUCUACUCUAGCAUUUUGAGAACGCUCGUUACCCGCACGCCUAUAACUCACAUGAAAGCAAUUUCUCGAAGCCUGCGGGGUUUAAAGCGAAGAAACUGCCUGUACUGUCCUACAGUGGAGAAUAUAAUCCGCGAUGGGCUUUGUUGCUUUCAAUAAUUUACCGACCGAGAUUCGGUCCAUGGUCUGGGCAUACACCCUUCCAGAGCCUCGAGUAUACGAGAUUCUUGACACGCCAUUUUCAACGCUCAGGGCCCCGGCCUUUGCAGGACUCAUGUUCUCUAGCAGCUCGCAUGAUGCCCCCCCUGUACUGGCCGCCGUAUGCAGAGAGCCCCGUGCCUUCGUGCUUCAUCGCUACCGGCCACUAACACUCUCCAACACAAUCAAGUACAUCGACCCAAGCCGAGAUAUAAUUCUGCUUCAGCCCUACCUCUUGAUCAAAAGGUUAUUGAGGACUCUGCAUUGUCUCGCAGAGGUGGAUUUCAUGAGGAGAGACCUGAGCCAAGUGGCAUUUGGGAUAUCAUAUGGAUUCAGCACUGGUAUCUACCACCCCAUACUAAGCGGCAAAGUAUCGAAAAACAACAUGAAAACGCUCGUGAAAAAGCUCGCAAGGUUCUCCAAAUUGGGGAAAGUCCUAUUUGUUGUUCAUGAGGAAUUCAACUGUGUCAUCUCAAAACCCCACAGAGCGGAGUCGCAACUUGAGCUUCUAUCCAACAGCUUCGUGAAGCCCCAAGAAGAUGACCUGUCAAGGACCACUUGGCAUUUUCGUCGGAACGAGAUACAAUAUUAUCCUCUUCACUUUGAAGAAGAGGUGGAAGAGGACGAGCCGGACACAGAGGAUGACGACGUGGAGCUGAACCGCAAGCCGACGAACGAGGAUUGGCGACGAUUCAAACGACGAUUUCUGAAGGCUGUAUAUCCAACACUGAUGAGAGAGCUGCAAGAGAAGUCAAGACAAGAGCACCUUCCUUUCCUGAUCGAAGGCGCAAGUAUCCUAUGGAGAUAUGAAGCAUCAUAAACGGAAUUUCCCGACGCCACAGGAUCAUCACUAGGAUCUUACGACUCAAGCGUUGGAGUUGCACCCGUUGUAACGACGUUAAAUGCCGAUCAUUUGGGCUAUUUGAGUCUGGAUUCAAGGGAGCAGUCGUUGUGUUAACACUACCUGGACUCCUGGAGCACUGCCAUCUUGGUUGCUUCGAUUUGUGUGUGUGUGCGUGUAUGCGGAACAACACAUCGACUUAUGGCGGCAGAUACCCGCACCUACAGACACCUUCUCGGUCAGGCUCUGUAGUGAUGUAAGGCGUCCCUAACCUCUUGUGGUCUCAGUACGCGCGACCUGCAUUGGCGUUGAGGCUGCCAUGAGUUAACGAGCCUCUGGCAAGUUCCGAGCGAAAAGCUUGGUAUUCGGUAGUGGUUGUUGGUGGCGCCCGGCAUACGGGUGCACAGACUAGCGGUUCUGAGUGUAUGGCGGAGAAGGGACUGUCCCUAUUGUGGAAGUUUUGAGAGGACAUACAAAACAAGUUGGUCUUGUUACCCCUCGGUAGAUGCUCUCCCACAUCCUGAUCGGGACUUGGCAGUAGAUACGAUUGGUCAAGCUACGAAUACACUAUCUUUUUUGCAUGGAUUGCUUUAUGAUUUGCCAAUAAGAGUUAAGGCGCAAGGCGCUGCUGGGGCCAUAGUAUAGUUUCCAAGUAUGAAACAUGCUGCCAUUUACUCUACAAAAUGAAACAAUUCUGCUCACACUUCUGAGGCAUUCAAUGCCUAGUGAACAUUCAGAGAAUUCUCGUUGAAAUUCGACCCCCGAUCAUUUCGAGAAGAGGACCCUUAGAGAACAAGGUCAAACUUCAAUGGUCAGCGAAGCUAGUUGGCAUUGGCUUUCGGUAAGGUCGCCCUGGGACUCACCCCUGUUGAAGCGCUUGACUUCAAUUGGAUUAAAUUUACGGUGUGCUCGGACUUAUCGAUAUCUAUCAUCGAAGGAGUGGAUUUAAGCUCCUCAAAACGUGCAGUAGGCGCUUCAGUUGACCA